AUGGAACGAAAAAGCUCGUCGCCAAUGGCCCCCACCUUCAUGGUCUCCGCACCAGGGAAAGUGAUCGUCUUCGGCGAACACGCAGCAGUAUACGACAAGCCAGCCAUAGCAGCCGCAAUCUCACUGAGAUCCUACCUCUUGGUGACAACCCUCUCCAAGUCCCAACGAACCGUCAAGCUCAAUUUCAGAGACAUCGGCCUGGACCAUACAUGGAAGAUCGACACUCUCCCCUGGGAUACAUUCCAACAACCAAGCAAAAAGAAAUUCUACUACUCGCUAGUGGACUCACUGGACCAAGAGCUCCUGGAAGCAAUAAAGCCCCACGCAGAGGCAGUGUCCAAAGAUCUCCCCGAGAAACAACGCAACAUCCACAUCCGAUCCGCAACAGCCUUCCUCUACCUCUUCCUUUCCCUCAGCUCCCCAGAAAGUCCAGGCUUCAUCUAUACUCUCCGCUCAACGAUACCCAUCGGCGCCGGUCUGGGCAGCAGCGCAAGCGUCUGCGUCUGUCUAAGCGCCGCCCUCCUCCUCCAAAUCCGCACCCUCGCAGGACCCCAUCCAGACCAACCGCCCGAAGAAGCAGAGACCCAAAUCGAGCGCAUCAACCGCUGGGCCUUUGUGGGCGAGCUCUGUACACAUGGCGAUCCUAGCGGGAUUGAUAAUACCGUGUCGGCGAGUGGGAAGGCAGUCGUAUAUCAGAGGAAUGGUGCAACUGCACCUACCGUCACGCCUCUGGGGAAAUUUCCCAAAUUGCCUCUUCUCUUGAUUGAUACACAGCAGGCACGCUCGACAGCGACGCAGGUACAGAAAGUGCGAGAACUGCGGACUAACCAUCCCCAAUUGACAGAGUCGAUUUUGACGGGCAUUGGGCAGCUGACGGCUUCGGCGUUGGAGCUUAUUACUACUCCCGGCUUUGGUGGUCCGGAUAGCAUCUCCCAGACUCUCGAACAUCUGGGGACGUUGAUCCGUGUGAAUCAUGGAUUCCUGGUUUCACUGGGCGUGUCUCAUCCGCGUCUGGAGCGAAUCCGCGAGUUGGUUGAUUAUACGGAUAUUGGAUGGACGAAGUUGACGGGGGCUGGAGGUGGUGGGUGUGCGAUUACGCUUUUCAAGUCUGAUGUGCUGGAGGGCACUGUUCAAGAGCUUGAGCGGGAUCUUACUGCUGAAGGCUUCCGGAUAUAUGAGACUGUGCUUGGGGCGGAUGGGGUUGGGGUGCUUUGGCCUGCUGUUUUCCGGACUGAAGGUGAAGAGAGUGAAGAGAUUGAUCAGGAGAAAUUCGAGAAUGCGCCUGGGCCUGGAGGGAUUGAGGAGCUUGUUGGAGUCGGGGUGCAAGAGAAUCGUGAAGGGUGGAAGUUUUGGACGCGGUAUAUUUAG